AUGGAAUCAACGCCGGGACAUGACUUACCAUCGGGCUCCUUCGUUGAUCAUACCCGACCCGACCUGUUCUAUCACUUACUAGAGCCUCCAACACCUCUAUCACCCGACGUUCCCGUUUAUGCCCUAUCUUUCUUGCCUUCCGCUCCUCCUGUCCCGAACUCGGCCACUAUCAUCGGUUGGUUACCUGCUUCGACGGAAAGUCAAACGGAGCAGGACGCAGGACUGAAUGAUUUCAAGGAAAAUAUAAAAUUCCGACACCUACUUCAUGAAGCAGUCAAAAGUGGACUACAAGCAAAUGUAGAUGAGAUCCAGCGAAAUGGAGCGUUGCAAAUACAACAAGGAUGGAUGCAUAUACACGACGAUCGUAACAUACCAGCCUUGGGUCGGAUCGGUGACCCAGAUGACAUUAUUGCCUCAGUACUAGUUGAGGAUGGAAAGAUUAAAGCCGACACAUAUCAGGCUAUGCCCGCAUAUCGUCUUUGCACUUCCGAUGGUGUAACGCAACUCACGGAAGGUCUUUCUGCACAUUUACACAAAAUUCUGUUGCAGCAUUCAGAAAUCGAAAGAAAAGGGCGAACAUAG